AUGCAAAUGACUGAACCAAGCGAAAGGAAUCGCGUUCAAGUCGCCUUAAGAAUUCGGCCUGUAACGAAACUGGACAAGGAUGUAGACAAGGUUGUCGCAAGGGUGUGUGACUCGAAUACCGUUGCAAUAGGUGGUGAGAGGGAUAUGCGAACAUACUCCUUUGACCAUGUUUUAGCUGCAGAUCAGAACAGCGUUUUUAAAACUAUUGGCCAACCGAUGGUUGUGGAGGCAUACAAAGGCUUCAAUGUAUGCUUGUUUGCCUAUGGCCAGACUGGGAGCGGCAAAACAUACAGCCUGUUGGGCGAUAUGAAGAGCUCUGAGUUGUGCGGCAUUACUCCACGCCUCGUGCGUCAGCUGUUUGAUGAAGCCCAACGACUUGUGGAGGAGGAUCCUGAUCUAGCUAUAAAAAUGUCGUUAUCGAUGAUUGAAAUAUACAUGGAAAAACUACGUGAUCUACUUGCACCGUUGCAGCAUGGGCAAGAGCCGGAGCAGCUUGAAAUCCACGAGGACACCAAUCACCGUGUUUAUGUAAAAGGGGUAAGUGUUCACCCAGUUCUGGGGUUUGAACGAAUGAUGGAGCUCAUUAGCAGUGGCAAUGCGAAUCGACAGGUGGCUGAGACGAAGAUGAAUGAAACAAGUUCACGUUCACACGCCAUUAUUCAAAUCACCAUGCAGCAGGAGUUUCGGUCAACUGGCAAGCGAGAUCUAGAAUGUACUAUUUCACUGGUUGAUCUAGCUGGCAGUGAGCGCCAAGGAAAGGCUGAUUCGUCUGGACAAAGCUUUGAGGAGGCGAAGAAGAUCAACUACUCAUUGUUGAUGCUCGGACGCACACUCAACUCAUUUAGUGAACGCAAAGGUGGCGAUGCGUUUAUCCCGCUUCGUGAGUCGAAGUUGACACGAUUGUUAUCUGAGAGUUUCGGAGGAAACAGCAAGACAUGGAUGUUGGCAACUGUAUCACCGACGGCGUAUAAUUUGGUGGAGACCAUUUCAACACUGGAUUAUGCAAAAAAUGCCAUGGCUAUUACCAAUAAGGCACAUAUAAACAAGUUGACCAAGGUUCUAGAUGUAAGGAUGCUAAGGGCUUUAACCGUGAAACUCGAAAUUUCUCUUGACAAACUAGUAAGUGAAAGAAAGGAAAAGGAGAUGCUUGUUUUUAAUCUAGAGAAAAAUAGAAAUGCAUUACAACUGGUCGUAGAGAUGGCUCAGUCACAGAAUGUCACUAAUAAUAGUAUUCAAAAAGGCUUUCAACAACUUGCUUUAGCUAACCAUGACUUGAAGAGACGAAUUGAGGCAUCUUCUCAAGGUAUGAUAUGGGCUCUUGACAAUGAAGUAUCCUUUCUUUUUUUUAAGGGACGUUGUGGUAUUAACUUGGAAGGUGUUCUCCUAGGUGUACGCCGUGCGUUUUGUUGUGCUCUGGAAACCGAUAAGGGCUCUCUGACGUCAACAAAGCUGAAUUUACAACUGUUUCCUAUUGGCCUAGAUGUACAAGAGUGUGAGGAUCCGAUGAAGUUGGUUAAUAAAGAUAUUUCUUUCUGUCUUCAUGUAGUGGGCGCUGAGAACAUCCCUUCAGAGUUUUCAACACGCACAUUUUGCCAAAUCAAACUUCGAUGUGAUCAAGGAGACCAUUUCGUUCGUACUUCAAUAGAGGAGAACACGUGUGACCCCAAAUGGGGUUUAAUUAAGCAGUUCCAAAUACCAAAGCUAAGCCAUGAGGUAAUCUCUGAUUUACUUUCGAAGCAUCUAUUCACUUUUGAAGUAUAUGGAUUUAGUGUGUAA